UCCUUCAUCUCUUCUUCAUUCUUCCAUUAUUUCUUCAUCUUCUUGUUUAUUUCAGACGGAAUUUAUAGGUUUUAGGUGCACAAUUGUAAUGAAAGGUCAGAAAUCUCCUAGAAGAAGCCCAAGAAUUCGAAUUGUUGAUUCAACCGGCAGUGAUGAAGUGAAUGUCGGUCCAAAUUUUGGUUUGGGAAUUUCUGCAAAUCAAUCUCCAGAAGAAGCUGGUGGUGAGGUUAAUCAAAAUUUCCAAGCAUUGCAUGUGAAGAAAAAGGGCGGUAGAAGUAAGAAAAAAACCAAUGAAUUGAGUUCUAAAUCGAAAAGAAAACGAGUUGAUGUUGGAUCGGCAUCUAAGAAAUUUGUUGACAGUGAUGAUGAUUUUGAGGAUUUACCUUCUCAAUUUCAGUCAAAGAAAGUGAAACCUACAGUUGCUCAGGAGAAGAAUCCAAAAAUUCGAAAUCCAUUGUGCAAAAAUAUGAUUCUACCGGAGAGUUUAUAUCCGGGACUGUGGAGUUUUUGUGGCUGCAUUUGCGGAGUUAGUGAGCAAUGGCCAGGAUAUUGCAAAUCAACAACUAAGUGCAGACAGUCUCUGAAAGAGGUUUUGGGGCUCUACUAUGAGAAUAUGCAGUGAAGAAGCAAAAGAGUAACCUUCAAAGUGAAGAUGAAAGACCACAUAAAUAAAUAAAUUUAGUUAUAGUAGUUAAAAUGUAUAUGAAAACUAUGUUGUCUAAAAAUAGUUUAUAGCUGAUGUAUUACUUAGGUUUUGAAGAUUGUUUUGUGCUAUCCUU